AUGGGAGACGCAGGAGAAUGUCCCGUCCGCUUCUCCAACGUCGGCGGAGGUGGCACCCGCAACAGAGACUGGUGGCCCAACGCCCUGAAGCUGAACAUCCUCCGUCAACACACCAGCGUCACGAACCCUCUAAACAAGGACUUCGAUUAUGCGGCCGCCUUCAAGACCCUCGACUAUGAGGGCCUGAAGAAGGAUCUCCAUGCCCUGAUGACCGAUUCCCAGGAGUGGUGGCCUGCGGACUUCGGCCAUUAUGGUGGUCUGUUUAUUCGUAUGGCGUGGCAUAGUGCGGGAACUUAUCGUGUGUUUGAUGGUCGUGGUGGUGCUUCAGAGGGUCAACAACGAUUCGCUCCUCUCAACAGCUGGCCCGAUAAUGUCAGUCUCGACAAGGCCCGCCGCCUACUUUGGCCCGUUAAGCGAAAGUACGGCAACAAGAUCUCCUGGGCUGAUCUGCUCCUCCUCACUGGCAAUGUAGCAAUUGAGUCUAUGGGCUUGCCAACCUUCGGCUUUGCUGGUGGUCGUCCUGAUACUUGGGAGGCUGAUGAGUCCGUGUACUGGGGAGGUGAGACAACAUGGCUUGGCAAUGACGUCCGUUACUCGGAUGGUAACCCAGGACCCGAGGGACACGGUGUCGUAGAUGGUGAUGAAAGCAAGAAGGGUCACAGCGACAUCCAUUCUCGUGAUUUGGAGAAGCCAUUGGGAGCUGUUCACAUGGGUCUGAUUUACGUUAACCCCGAAGGACCCGAUGGAAUUCCCGAUCCCGUGGCUUCGGCUAGAGAUAUCCGAACCACAUUCGGCCGCAUGGCGAUGAAUGAUGAGGAAACCGUCGCAUUGAUUGCUGGUGGCCACUCUUUCGGUAAGACACACGGUGCCGGUCCAUCAGAGAAUGUUGGAAAGGAACCAGCAGCUGCCGAUAUCGCUGAGCAAGGAUUUGGUUGGAAGAACGCCUACAAGUCUGGAAAAGGUCCCGAUACCAUUACCAGUGGUCUCGAAGUCAUCUGGACCAAGACUCCUACAAAGUGGAGCAACAACUACCUCGAGUACCUCUUCAAGUAUGACUGGGAGUUGACCAAGAGUCCCGCUGGUGCCAACCAAUGGGUUGCUAAGAAUGCAGAGGCUUUCAUUCCCGAUGCCUAUGAUUCCAACAAGAAGCACUUGCCAACCAUGUUGACAUCUGAUCUUGCUCUUCGCUUCGAUCCCGAAUAUGAGAAGAUCUCCCGUCGCUUCGCUGAGAACCCACAACAGCUUGCGGACGCUUUCACACGUGCUUGGUUCAAGCUUUUGCACCGUGAUAUGGGUCCACGAGCCCGCUGGCUCGGUCCAGAAAUCCCAUCUGAGGAGUUAAUCUGGGAAGAUCCCAUUCCAGCACCUAGCCACCCUGUCAUUGACGAGAAGGAUAUUGCUGCUCUCAAGAAGGAGAUCUUGGCUACCGGCAUCGACGGCACCAAGCUCCUCUCUACCGCCUGGGCUUCUGCUUCUACUUUCCGCGGAAGUGACAAGCGAGGUGGUGCUAACGGAGCACGUAUUCGUCUUGCACCCCAAAAGGACUGGAAGAUCAACAACCCAGCCCAAUUGAAGGAAGUCCUCGGUGCCCUCGAGAAGGUCCAAAGCAACUUCUCCUCUGGUAACAAGAAGGUUUCACUUGCAGACCUCAUUGUCCUCGCCGGUGUCGCCGCUCUUGAAAAGGCCUCGGGAGUAUCCGUCCCCUUCACACCCGGCCGCUCAGACGCCACCCAAGAACAAACAGACGUAGAAUCCUUCUCCCACCUCGAGCCGCAAGUCGACGGAUUCCGCAACUACGGAAAGGGCACCAACCGCGCCAAGACAGAGCAAUUCCUCAUUGAUCGCGCCCACCUCCUCACCCUCACCGCUCCCGAGCUCACCGUUCUGAUCGGCGGUCUCCGCACCUUGAACUUGAAUUACGAUUCCUCCAACAUCGGAGUCUUCACCAAGACACCGGGUAAGCUGACAAACGACUUCUUCGUCAACCUGCUCGACAUGUCUACGGAGUGGAAGGCUACCGGACCAGAGACAUUCGAGGGCGUGUCCCGCAAGACGGGCGAGAAGAAGUGGGUCGGCUCGCGCAACGAUCUGGUAUUCGGAUCGCAUGCUGAGUUGAGGGCUAUUUCGGAGGUUUAUGGUAGCUCGGAUGCGCACGAGAAGUUCGUUAGGGACUUUGUCGCGGCGUGGGAUAAGGUUAUGAAUCUGGAUCGGUUUGAUGUUAAGGGUGCGGGUGCGCAGGGACGAGCUAGGCUUUAG